AUGUUAAGCUUAUCCCCAUCGAUCGAAGUUGUAAAAGUAGUAGCACCAGUAGAAAGUCAUGCAGCUCCACAAGUUGAUCUUGGUAUAACAAAGGAUAAUAAAAUGGAAGAUACUGAAUCAACUCCUAGUCCUAGCAAGAAAGUCCGAAAGCCGUUGGACAAUAAAUCGAGAGCAUUAUUUAAUUUAUCCAUUUUAUUUGCUGCUGCAGCGAUCAUUGUCUUCAUAUUUGCUAUACCAUGUCCAUCAGCUAGUGAUCGCAGGAUAUGGUCUACAAGUAUUCAUAAUUAUUCCAUCGAUUCACCUAUUCAACUUUUGCUAACGAACCAAAGUCAAGACUAUGUUGUUCUGAUGACUGCUAGUCUGAACCACACUUCGAUCCUAUCUGACCAAGGUCCUCACCAACAAUUGCUAGCAUUGAAUAGUUCCAACGGACACCAGUUAUGGAAAUUGGAUUUAAACGGCAGCGUGACACUGUUAUUCUGUCCUGAAGGCCAUUUACCUCCUACAGAUCGAGGUUAUCCAUUCGAUUGCUUAAUAGCGACGUCUACAGGCGAUAUUCUUGCUAUUGAAACGUCGUCGUUAACGGUACUAUGGAAUCGACGCAUCCACGAUGUUAGCCAUGCUGAUUAUUGCAACUCUGCAGCUAUCAUACCUGAUGUAGAUCAAGAUUCUUUUCAAGACAUUAUGUUAGCUUGUAAUACGUAUGAGAAUUCGAUGUUGAGUAGGUAUUGGUUAUUCUUAUCGGCAACGAUGGGAAGUGUUAUAAAUAGAUCAGUUGCGGUCAAAGACGAACAAUUUAUCGCCGAUUCCCUCAUUAUCGAUCACCGAUAUAACAAUCAAGCCGUUAUUUAUUUCAGUGUCUUUCUUCGCAAUAUGUCUAGUCGAGUUUCCUAUAUGAACGUUAGAGAUUUAUCCCGUAUCCAUACUGCUACAGGCAGCAAUGAUAUGAGCACUCAGUUCUUAAUUCAAGGUGGAAUGAUGAAAUGGCCUUCGAUUCUCGUCGAUCUCGAUGGCGAUGGUCAGAAAGAUAUUAUAACAACUUUCACUAAUGGCACAAUUAUUGCCACGCUUGGUGCAACAAUGGCUCGAUAUUGGGUUGUUCACCUCCGUCACUCAAGUAUUGUCAAUCUUCCAGCUCCAGGCGAUUACAACAACGACAUCUAUCCGGAUAUUAUGAUUAACUUCAAGGUCAUUAAUCAAGACUUGAAUGACUAUGUCAUCAUUAAUGGCUACAAUGGUAAAAUUUUAUCUGCGGGUGGCGAUGAAACGCAAUCCCAGUUAAAUUACAUGCCAAGUAACAUCAUUUCCGUUGCUACAUCCAAUGAAAGUAGUGAUGUAUUUAUUUACCCAGUAAUGUUUUCAGGCAACACAAGUUGCAAAGCCUACUCCGACAAUUCGACAUGCAGUCAGGCACUGUUGUUGGGUGCUCAUAAUUUGCAAAAUAAUUCGCAUUCACCCCUGCUACUGGAUACUGUUUUACCUCCUCAAGGAGAUGUUAUUGAAAUGCAAUAUUCAUCAACCGCUGCUGGUUUUGAUAAGAUUACCAAUCACUUUUGGAUUAUAAGCACAAUGUCAUGGAAAGUUUCCAAUGGAAUGAUGGAUAGUUACGUCUUAAGUAUAUCGAAAUCUUCCUUAGAUGGCAAUUUUAAGUGUGUGACAUCCGAUAGUAAUUUUGUAGUACCCUCUUGUAGUGUUUCGCUUCAAGUCAAUUUUCUAAAUGUAACUUCUCAACCUUGGCUAUCCUACAUGGGUACUGCUGGUAAUGGAAUUUAUACGCCAUACUAG